AUGCAGGACAGUAGAGCAGAAGCGGUGCAUCGAGAGCGGCGAGCUGAGAUUGACAAUGCCGCUGCCGUAGCCACUGACGAUGAGCACUCGCUCACGGUAAGAGAGGCCUUCAGACGAUAUCCGAAAGCCGUGUUCUGGGCUAUUGCCAUGUCUUUCACGAUUGUCAUGGAGGGUUACGAUACCAUCCUCCUCAGCAGCUUCUUCGCCUUUCCGCCCUUUGCAAAGAAGUAUGGAACGUAUCACCCGGAGAUCGACCGGUACGUGAUUUCGGGAUCAUGGCAAGUAGGGCUCGGCAUCGCCUCCCAGUGCGGUGCUGUCAUUGGCCUGGCCAUCAACGGGUACGUGACGGAGUGGUACGGCCACCGCAUGGUCACCAUCUGGGGCUUGAUCAUCAUGUCCGGCCUUAUUUUCAUAUCCUUCUUCGCACCUUCGGUAGAGGUUCUAUGCGUCGGGCAGCUCCUGGUCGGCAUCCCCUGGGGAGUGUUCAGUAUCCAGGGCAGUGCCUACAGUUCCGAGAUAUGUCCCUUGGCCGUCCGUGGGUAUCUGACGUCUUUCGUUAACAUCUGCUGGGUUCUCGGGCAGCUCAUUUGCGCGGGCGUUCUUCAGGGGCUGGUGAACAACUCCACGGAGUGGGCAUACAGGAUCCCCUUUGCCAUACAGUGGGCGUGGCCAGUGCCCCUGAUCAUCGUGGCUUUCUUUGCACCAGACUCGCCAUGGUGGUUGAUCCGCCGUGGGAGAGCAGAUGAUGCGCUCAAGUCUCUCAAGAGACUCUCAACAGGGCUUUCCGAAGAGGAAGUUCAGCAGAAGGUUGCGAUGAUGGUCCAUACCAACGACUUUGAAGUCGCUGUGCAAACCGAGUCAUCUUACGUGGACUGCUUCAAAGGCACAAACCUGAGGCGAACGGAGAUAGCAUGCAUGACGCUGUCGGCUCAGAGCCUCCCCGGUCAAGCCCUCUGUUACUCAGCCAGCUUCUUCUUCACGCAGGCUGGCCUGUCGGCGGGCGAUGCUUACAAGCUCAACUUCGGGAGUAUGGGCGUAGCGUUUGUGGCAACCAUGAUCUCUUGGGGUCUGAUGACGUUCUUUGGUCGUCGCACGCUCAUCAUCACGGGACUUGGUCUCCUGACCAUCGACCUGCUCGUCAUCGGCCUCCUAGACUUUGCAAAGAACCAAGAGACGGCAAAAUGGGCGCAGGCCGCCCUGGCCAUCGUCUGGCUCGGGAUCUACUCUGCCACUCUCGGGCCGCAGUCCUUCGCACUCGCGGCUGAGGUCAGUGCCACGCGCCUGCGGAUCCAGACGAUCUGCGUAGCGCGCAAUGCGUACAACGUGGUCAACAUCAUCAACAACACCAUCGAGCCCUACCUGAUCAACCCGACAGAGGCGAACCUGCGAGGCAAGACGGCGCUGUUCUGGUUCGGCCUGGCCUUCCUCACGACCGUGUGGAGUGUGUUUCGCUUGCCCGAGACGCGCGGGAGGACGUACGAGGAGCUCGAUGUGUUGUUCGAGAAGCGGAUCCCGGCCUGGAAGUUCUCGUCGACGUCGUUGGAUGUCAUUGCCGAGACGGAGAUGAUUCAGUCUUCAGAUAAGAAAUUGGCUGGUUGA